AUGGUGGAUCCCACAGCUGAAUAUCUAGUUCAGUUAUCUGGCAAGAAGACCCCUUAUGGAGGCCAGAUGACCCUCGGUGGAAACCAGACCCCUUAUGGAGACCAGAUGACCUUCGGUGGAAACCAGACCCCUUAUGGAGGCCAGAUGACCUUCGGAGGGGAACAGACCCCUUAUGGAGGCCAGAUGACCUUCAGUGGAAACCAGACCCGUUAUGGAGGCCAGAUGACCUGCGGUGGGGGCCAGAUGACAGCUCUUAAAGGGGGCUAUCCACUGACCUUCACUGGGAACCAGACCUUCACUAGGGGCCAGGUGACAACACACAGCAGUGACAAGACUCUCGAUGGGGGUCAGAUGGGGACCCUUAAGGGGGACCAGAUGAGAGCCUUCACUGAGGACCACACUCUCUCUGGAACCCUGAUGAUACCGCUGCCUUUGAUUGGUCUUGGUCCUCAUACCUCCAGGAAGAAACAGGAUCUCGAUAAGCUCUAUGAGCUGCAGUCCAAAGCUCUGCAGAACCAGUUUGGCCCCUCAGCCCUCAUCAACCUCUCCAAUUUAUCAGCCAUAAAACCGGAACCAGCCAGCACCCCUCCGCAAGGCUCCAUGGCCAAUAGCACUACAGUGGUAAAGAUACCAGGCAGGCCUGGGUCUGGAGGGCGUCUCAGCCCUGAAGACAAUCAGGUGUUGACCAAGAAGAAAUUACAAGACUUAGUGAGAGAAGUGGAUCCUAAUGAGGAACUGGAUGAAGAUGUAGAGGAGAUGCUGCUGCCGAUUGCUGAUGGUUUUAUCGAGAGUGCAGUGCCGGCAGCCUGCCAGCUUGCUCGGCAUCGCGAGUCCAGCACCCUGGAGGUGAAGGGCAUCCAGCUGUACCUACAACGCCGGUGGAACACGUGCAUCUCAGGAUUUGGCUCUGAAGAAAUCCGACCCUACAAAAAAGCUUGCACCACAGAGGCUCACAAACAGAGAAUGGCAUUGAUCCGGGAAACAACCAAGAAAUAACCCAUGGAAAGAUCAGGGAAUGGACAACAUUGUAUUUGGAGAUGCUUGAGCUGAGACCUCAGCCAUCUUAUCUUUGGACUUUUUUUUUUUUAAUGCUUUACAGAGAAGCAUAUAUAUUUUUAUUAACAGUGCAGCAAUAUCUAUAAUGACUGAGAGGAUCUGCCAAAAGAAUAAAGCCUCCUGCCCCCA